AUGGAAGGGGUCGACGACACAAACCCGGUGUUGACACUAGAAGAAGGCGAAAACAACCCUUUUUCUUCCUUUGACGACAAAGCUUUAAUGAUGAUGGCUCCUUCGUUAAUGUUUUCUAGCGAUGUUGGUCCAUCUUCUUCUUCUUAUUGUUCUCUGGCGAGUGCUCAGCCGGAGAACUUUCAAGGUGGAGGAGGAGGAGACGCGGUGGAGAUGGGAGGAUUACUGAGUAAUAGUAACAAUAGCGAUCAUAGUAAGAAAAAUAAAGGGAAAGGGAAGAGAUCGUCGGCGAUGCAGAGGAUUGCUUUUCAUACGAAGAGUGAUGAUGAUAUUCUUGAUGAUGGUUAUCGGUGGCGAAAGUACGGUCAGAAAUCUGUCAAGAACAAUGCUCAUCCCAGAAGCUAUUACAGAUGUACGUACCAUACAUGCAACGUGAAGAAACAAGUGCAAAGAUUGGCAAAAGAUCCAAACGUCGUCGUAACAACCUAUGAAGGUGUUCAUAAUCAUCCUUGUGAGAAGCUCAUGGAGACUCUUAGUCCUCUCCUCCGGCAACUUCAAUUCCUCUCCAGAGUUUCUGAUUUGUAA